UUCUAUGUUUUAAUAAGUUUACCGCAAAGUCAUUGGAAUAGCUUUGCUGUUGCACUCAAACAGACUCUCGCAACAACGCAGACGCACACACUCUCUCACACAAAAAACGCAUCGCAGCUGCUCACUGCUCACUCUCUCACUAUGUUUGUGUUUACGUCAAGAAUACGAACAUUUACGACCGUUUACGACUGUUCACGACGACCGCGCUUUAUUUUUUAGCGAUUUUAUUUAUAGUAAGAAUACCUUGAUGAAAUGAACUCAUCAAAAACUGAAAAGGGUAAAGUGUCAAUUUCAGUUACGGAAUCCUCUGAAACUGGAACGGUACAACAACACAAUACAAAUCGCAAAAUUGAAUCGAAAUGAAUAAAUCACAAAUCAUGAUGUCUGUGACUCGCUGUCUCCUGCAAAUGCAGACGAAUCCAGGUUCACUCCAGAUCAAAUAGAUAAUAACAGGAACAUUCAUGUUGAUAAUGGCCAAUGUAGCGCGAUCACUUUAUGUACAAUAUGCUGCGAUCGUGCAACGGGUAAACAUUACGGAGCUGCAUCCUGUGAUGGCUGUAAAGGAUUUUUUCGUCGCAGCGUGCGAAAGAACCAUUCAUACACCUGCAGAUUCAAUCGCAAUUGUGUUGUAGAUAAAGACAAACGGAAUCAAUGUAGAUAUUGUAGAUUAAGAAAAUGCUUCAAAGCUGGUAUGAAAAAGGAAGCUGUUCAAAACGAAAGAGACAGAAUCAGCUGCAGACAUUCAAGUUUAGAAGACGCCGACACAUCGAAUGGAUUAUCGGUAAACUUUUUACUGAGAGCUGAAAACUUCAGUCGACAUUUUGGAGCAGCACUUGAUAAUGCCAACGAUGGUGAUUGUGAUUUAUCUACCAAGCGAUUUGCAAGCAUUAAUGAUGUUUGUGACUCAAUGAAGCAGCAGCUGCUAAUUCUGGUGGAAUGGGCAAAAUCAAUACCAGCGUUCGCUGAUCUUCAAUUGGAUGAUCAGGUAGCUUUGUUAAGGGCACAUGCUGGAGAGCAUUUGCUUUUAGGACUUUCAAGACGGUCGAUGCAUCUCGAGGAGAUGUUGUUAUUAGGGAAUAAUUGCAUCAUAACGAAGCAAUGUCCAGAUUCAAAAAUGGCACCGAAUCUCGAUAUAUCUAAGAUAGGGGCAAGAAUCAUCGAUGAACUUGUGAGUGCCAUAAAAGACAUCAAACUCGAUGAUUCGGAGCUGGCUUGCAUAAAAGCUUUGGUUUUCUUCGAUCCGAAUGUAAGAGGCCUUAAUCAACCGCAGAAAAUAAAAAGUUUGAGGCAUCAAGUUUUGAACAAUUUGGAGGAUUAUGUUUCGGAUAAGCAAUAUGAUUCUCGAGGUCGCUUCGGGGAGAUUUUAUUAUUGUUACCAAUACUUCAAUCGAUUACCUGGCAGAUGGUGCAGCAAAUUGAGCUAGCUAAAAUGUUUGGUGUUGCGCAUAUCGAUAGCUUGUUGCAAGAAAUGCUUCUAGGAGGCGAAACGAUGGAAAAUACGACAUCUCCAACAUCUCCGAUGAAUAGUUUUUCUAAUAGCAACAGCAGUCCGCUUCGCAUGAUGUCUUGUGACAAUACACAAUUGCCAUCUACAGUUGAUUCGUCUCAGAAUGAGCUGACAACGUCAACUUGUAAUGCAAUACAGCCUGAACAACUUACAGAAUGUAGCAACAUCCUUGCCCCGAUUUUGAAUGAUGACAUUAGUGAUUAUGAAAUUUCUUCACCCGCUAAUACUUUCCACAGAGAAAAUAACAUUCAAAAUUAUGUGAACCAAACAAAAGAUGAAAUAUAUAACAAUUCUUAUAUUUCUCCAUCGUCUUCCACAGUACGUACAGUGCAAUCGUCAACUGAUCGCGAGUCGCAGACAAAUUUAGCUUUAAAUGAUCAUCUAAGUCGUAAUGAAUUAGAUUUUAAACGAGAACCUGAUGUUAAUGGAUAUUGAAUUGUUAAUAAUUUGGUAGAUUUAUUUUUAGGUAUAUUACUUAGAGAAUUAUUAUACAUUGUUGUUACGUUACAAUUUCCUGACUCACUGGGAAUGAAGAAAAAUCUAUUUUCAUAGGUAACUUGCGCAAUAAAAUAAUACUUUCAAAUUCC